CUGCUGAUGCUACUCAACCGUCUGGUUUUACGAGUCCCGGUCCCGUUAGGUGAAGGACAGGAAAACAUUUGGAUAGAGAAAUGAAUUGACUAACUUGCUAACAAACAGACAACUAACUAAAUAUCAUUAGACUCAAUUUUAGGGCGGUUUUCUACGGAUUUCAGCACUCACUCGACAGGAUGUGACGUCCCACCUCCACCUCUUGUCCAUCACAGCUCAGUGGGCUCUGUGUAAUGUAACCAACACGGUGGCCUGUCAACGCGAAAAAGACAGACAGCAUAAACAGUCCACCUUUCGGACAUUUAUAAUAAAAAUGGCCCAGCUGCGGGCCUGUUUGCAGCCUGACAACAACCGCCGUCGUCUGCUAAUCGGAUAGUGCGAAGGACUUUGAGUGACUGCGGGCUGGCUACCUAGCUAACGUUACGCAGCUGUCUGACACCAAAGCUAAUCGGCUACCUACUGUUAGCUGUAGCGGCUCGCUUUGCCAUAUGAUAUUGACGCACACUGCACACGGACAGACCUCUACAGAAAGCGACUGGAUCACCAAAACAACCCCCGUCACGCUGAAAUGGACAAAGAAGAAGCCGACCGGCUGAUAGAGAAGGCGAAGCUGUGUUUACGGUCCGGGCGGAAAGAUCGGGCUCUGCAGCUGCUGUAUGAAGCCCAGAAUAUUUACCCCAGCACCCGGGCCAGAGUGCUGAUCGAUGCCAUAGUAAGGAACGGAGGCAACGCUGCUCCACAAGCAAACCACGUGCCCCCGCCGUCAGGCUGGAGAGACGAGGACUUUAAACACAGCGACACGAGUCAAAUGAAUGGUGAUGAAAAGAAGAGCUACACCGAGGAGCAACGGCAGGGUGUUCUCAGGAUAAAGAACUGCAAGGACUUCUAUGAAAUUCUCGGUGUUCCCAAAAAUGCUAGCGAUGAAGAUCUGAAGAAGGCGUACAGGAAGUUGGCCCUCAAGUUUCACCCUGAUAAGAACUUUGCUCCAGGAGCUACAGAUGCUUUUAAAGCAAUAGGCAAUGCAUAUGCAGUGCUGAGCAAUCCAGAGAAGAGGCAGCAGUAUGAUCAAUACGGAGAUCAAUCUGCAACUUCGAACGCACCUCAACAACCCAGUCAUAAUCGCCAUGGCUACUACCGAAGCUUCCACAGAGACUUUGAGGCCGACAUUUCCCCUGAGGAGCUCUUCAACAUUUUCUUUGGAGGACGAUUUCCCACAGGAAAUAUCCAUGUGUACACCAACCAGGGAGCCUCCUACUCUCAGUUCUAUCAGCCUCGUCGUCGACGUGCUUAUGAGAGGCGCGAGGAGGUGGUGGAGGAAAACCAGAGUCAGAACACCUUCACAGCGCUCCUGCAGCUUCUCCCUGUGCUGGUGCUAAUCCUCAUAUCAGUAUUUACUCAGAUGAUGGCCACUAACCCGCCCUACAGUCUCUUCUAUAAGCCGGCCAUGGGGCUGGUGGUGUCCAGGGAAACGCAGCACAUGGGUGUACCAUACUAUGUGGAUAAAAGUUUUGAGAAGGAAUACCGCGGAGGUGCGCUGGAUGAAUUAGAGAAAACGAUUGAGAGUGACUAUAUCGAACACUUGCAGAGCAGCUGCUGGAAAGAGAAACAGCAAAAAUCAGACUUGGCAAACCUCGGACAACUGUACCGAGAUGAACGUUUAAAGCAGAAGGCAGAGUCAAUGAGGCUCGACAACUGUGAGAAACUGCAUCGAUUGGUUGGGCGUCAGAGAGGCAAAUGAGGACUGUUUGAGAGGAGAACACGUUUCUUUACAGACUUUACAACAAUGCAUUUUAGUAAGGGGGGAAUUUAUCCAAUCUGGCCACUUUGUAAAGAAAUCUCUUUUAGGUACAGCGAAGUCAGUGGCAGAUUAUGCCUCUGGAAACAAUGUGCCUUCUCUCCUCUUUGAUGGUAGAAGAUAGAGUUGCAUGUCAGCUGCCAACCCUGACUGUGGUGGCAGCAGCAUCACGUGCGAACUCACUGCGGCAGUGUGUACGAUGUCUCAGAGCCUUUAAACUUUCUUAUAGAAAUGGCAUGACAGAACGGGGUCUCCCUUCGGGGGUUAUGAAGGCAGUAGUAUGUUCACAUACACGUUUUGUUUUAGGUUUUGUAGUUAACAUGUAUUUAUUUUCUUGAAUGUUUUUGUGUCCUCGCUGAAAUUUUAGGUGUAUUUAUUUAAUAGUUAAUAGAGUGAAUGUUACCUGAGCACCUUGGCUCAUCUUUUUUUUCUGUAGGAAGUUAAAAGUACAGUGACUUAAAUAAUACUGUAGUCAUUGGACAAAUCUGAGAGCUUCUGUACUGUGAAAUGACAGAGGACUUUUUAUUUAUUACUACAAGACGAAUCAGACAUUAGAAAGGACUGCAACAUGUAUACUGUGGUUAAUCAGGUGGUAUGACCUCCGGCAAUACACCAUUAGGAGGCACAGUAAAGUAAAACCACGACCACAUUUUUCUAGUUGUGUUAUUAAAGGUUAUACUUGCCAAAAAAUGAGCUGUCUCCCCGCACUACCGCUUGCAUAGGUGUUUAUUACAUUGGUCAUUAAGCUUCUGCCAUUCAGGAAGUUGUUGAGUGUUUUAGCAGCGGGCAUAUGGUUUAGGUUUAAGUGUGAGAAAUGACUGUUGUGUGUUGCAAAAAAAGGCCACGUUUCGAUUAAGUCAUUUUGAUUUGUCACAGGCAGGGAGUCCAGUUCAACCAAAAAGCCUGUUCACAGUCCUACACAGUGUUUUCUAGUGUACCUGCUAGAUGAACAUUACCUGUAAGGUUGUCGGGGCUUAGAUAGCAUGCAAUACCUUCUUUUCCUAAACAGUGCACAAGCUUAAAUGAUUUUGUUGUCAGAAAAUCGCUAUUCGGCCCAUAUUUUAUAAAUGUUUUAUACGUUCUGCACCUUUAGUUUAUACUGAUGUUUUAUAGAGAAGACGCAUUUUGUUUCGAAAAUCUCAACUUAAUCAGAAUUAUCAGUAUAAAUCGGUUAGAAAUUACAUUUUAACCAACAGUAGAUACAUUUUAUUAAAAAGAAAUGGCCGUAUUUGCUUAAACUGUCACUAUAUCCUGACAGUGGUACGUGAGCUAGACAAUCUGUAAAAAAAAAAUAAAAUAUGUAACUCUAGCUCCUCCUUACAUGUUAAGGACUCAGUUGUGGUCCAUUCAGAAUGGACUUGCGACCCACUUGUGGACCAUAACCCACCAGUUGGGAACCACUGGUCUAUCAUAUGGCGUUAGGAGCACUAGGAGGAGCCAGAAGAAGAUGGAUUUCUUAACAGAUUAUCUAUCUCAUGUACCACUGUCACCAUAUAGGAACAGUUUUUGGAAAUAUGACAAAGAUCUUUUAUUUUUUAAAGUCACCUCCUGAAUCUUUAAUAUCGUUCCCCACAGCUAGGAACCAGAAUUGUGACUUUCACUUGUCGAAUCUUGUCAUGAGUAGGACACUAAGUUCGUGAAAUUGUCGACUUUAACUCUUCAUUCAAACCCUAUACAGACAUCGAUGCGUGUUGCUGUGCACUAUGACUGCCAAACUGCCUUAGCUGUUCUCAUACUUGCGAAAUUUUCAGGUUCAUCUAAAGCACUUUUAAGUUGAUAUUUAAUCCUGUGUUCCCUAUUGUUACCGUUGCAUGCAACCUUAGUGAGAGACUGUUUUUAUUAGUUAUGUAUUCAUUUUUUUUUUCUUCGGUGAACUCAUCUUCAUGACUGCUGACACACUAAAUGUUAAUGGAUUAGAUUAUUCAGGUCCACACUGUAACUCACAAACAUGUAAAACCUUAACUGUGAUACGCAAAAAUCAGGUUUUGGUAUCAGUCGGUGUGGUAGUGCACUGCAGAAUUCAGUUUUCAGCCAAAUGUACCUGAACAUUAAAGGUGUAACCAGAA